AUGUCGUCUCCUCCGACGGAGGUGUUUGAUCCGAGUGUUCCCGCAUCUCGUAAUGAUGUUCAAAUCAACAAUGAGUCCUUGGAGGACAAGACCUUGCUGCUUCUUGCUCGACUGAUGGAAGCCGGGCUAGAGGAUGAGACUAUCUGCAAGGAAUUGAGCGCUCUCACUAAGCUUCUCAGUGACGAUUCAGCGCCCGACACCAGGUCUUCGGAGCCACAUACUCCAGUAUACCAACUAGUUGACUCCGACUUUGUGGACACUAUCCUAGGCUACUUAGACAUGAGGCAAUCCCCAAUGGUUCGAGGUCAUGCAACUCUGACAAUAGCGGCUUAUCUCAAAGCAGCCGGGGACCAAGGUGUCGAACUUCUUUCCCAAUUCUUCUAUUCACGGGUAGGGAAGGGCACCUACGAUGAUUUCAUAAUUGCCUUUUCAGUAGCGGCGUCAAUCUUUCCUAUUGUUCCAGAUAUCACGGCAACUCUAUUCCUGAGUGAGGGUUUCGUGCCAAACCUUGGUCCUCUCAUGAAGAGAAGGUGGAAGAGCAAGAAGGUCGAACAAGCUGCCCUGGAGAUGCUUAACACUGCAUGCAUGAAUUCCCCCUGCAGAGAGGCUAUCAAGAAGUACUGUACCGAGUGGCUGGAGGACAUAGUCAACGAUGUUCCGGCUGAUUUUCCAGAAGUCAAUUCUCCUGAAAGGCAUCAUGUCGCCGAAGAUGGAUCCAUCCAGCAACGAAUUCAUUCUGAACCUGUUCGGAAUCUUGCGGCGGUUGUACUCGCGAAGUUGCAGGCUGUUCCUUCCGCGCCUGAUCCAGGGACGGAAGAACGUGUUCAAGUUGCUACAACCAGCAUGGAAGAGCUCUCUGAUAUGUUCAAAGACAUGCUUUCUGCAGAUGGGGCCCAACAGAGUUCAAUAGAGGGAUUGGCAUAUGCGUCUCUGCAACCCAAGGUCAAGGAGAAACUAAGUAGCGACAAGCCAUUCCUAAAGAAACUCGUCAAAGCUUUGGCAGAAGCUCCUGCGAAGUCUCCUGCAACUUAUGGAGCACUCAGUACUUUGAUGAACCUCACCACUUAUUUGCCAGUAAUGUCAGAAGAGCAAAAGCGCAUAAGUCAACUCAAAAAUUACGCGAAUGCUUCCAAAGCCUCCUCCAAACCCGAUCCCUUGAACGACGAUGAUCAUGUCUCAAAGCGAUGUGAAGCUGUUUUCGAAGCUGGUGUCAUUCCGGUUUUAGUCACGCACAGCCAACACGGAUCAGUCGCAUCGUUAUCACUUGUUGUCUCUAUUGUUUUCUCACUAUCCAAAACUCCGAAGAUCCGCGGCCAGAUGGCGCAGCAAGGUGCCAUCAAACUUCUACUACAUGCAUACUCGCUAUUCCCAGAAGACAAUACUGCAGCACGUCGCACAGUAGGCCAUGCGCUUGCUCGCAUUUUAAUCUCUACGAAUCCGCAGCAUAUAUUUGGAGGCUCCAAUCCACUAUCCCUAACAUCUGCUAUCCGUCCUCUCGUUCUGCUUCUCUCAGAUGACCCUAACGUCGAGCAACGGGAUCUUCUCCCAGUAUUCGAAUCCCUUUUGGCGCUUACCAAUCUUGCCUCCACAGACGAUACUGCUCGAAACGCCAUCAUCCGUAUAUCAUUUCCGCAAAUCGAGGAGCUCCUCUUGUCGAAUAACAAAAUGGUUACUCGCGCAAGUGUUGAGCUCAUCUGUAACCUCAUGUUAUCACCAGAAGGGGUAGCAAAAUUUGCAGAUGGAGGAAAGCAGGCAAGCCAGAGAAUGCACAUAUUACUUGCUUUAACGGAUGCGGAAGAUUUUGCGACAAGGAGAGCAGCUGGUGGCGCGUUAGCUAGCCUCACGGAGUGGGAUACGGCUGUGAACGCGAUUUUGGAAAGAGAUCGCGGCGUUAAAUUACUGUUGGGGAUGUGCAAGGAUGAUGGAGAGGAACUCAGGCAUAGGGGAGUUGUUUGCGUUUUGAAUGUUCUGACAGCACCUGAUAAGGUGGGAGAAUGGGGGAUCAAGAAAGUGAAAGAUGAAGGAGGCAUAGAUGCGUUGAAGGAAUGUCUCAAGAAGUCGAGAAGCCAGGAAGUCCUCGAGAUCACUGUUGAAGCAUUGAAGAAGCUGCUUGGGGAUGAGCAACCGGGAACUGUAAAACAGUUGGGAAAUUGA